AUGCAUAAAUCUUAUCAACCAACACGUCCAGCUGCUAAUCGUCUUCUUCAAAAAAAAUGGGAUGAUAAAUAUUAUUCAGAACAUCGACUUUUGGUACGUGAUGCUCGACCAACUGUUGACACACGUCCACCAAGAACAUAUAUGCAUCUUCAUAUGAAACUGAAAAAACUUCAGUUAGAAGAAGAACGUUCGGCAACAAUUGAGCGUGAUAAUCGUAUAUUAUUAGAAAAAAUGUCGAAUAUUAUGCGUACAACUGGUAGUAUUGAUAAUCGUAAUGAUUAUGAGGCAAAAAGUCUUAAUCAUGAAAAACGUCGUCGUGAAUUAUUACGUGUAUCAAGAGAAAAUUCAACAAUGAUCAAAAGAAUUAUGGAUCGUAAACCAGACAUAAAUCGAGACAGCUGGACAAAUAGUUGGUCAAAAAAUUUAUCUUAUUUAGAUAAUAUAUCGAAAUAUGAUUCUGAUUGGCAUGAAUCAAAACCGAGCAGUCGUCAAAUUCAUAGUCGACAACAAUCAUCGAAACGUUCGGUAGAUGGUACACAUGAUAAUCAGAAAAGUAUUAAAUCUCUUGUUAUGCCAAAUGAAACAGAUAUAACAAAAGUAGAUAAUAAUGAUGCAUAA